AUGAGCCACAGUGGACAUACGCAUAUGGGCUCCGGGGCUGUUAGCCACUCCGACCUCCAGCAGAUGUACUGGGCGGUUGUUGGCAGUGCCGUUGGGGCCGCAACAUUUGCAAAUGUUCUCAAUCAUAUCAUUACUCUUCAGCGAACGCGAGAUUCUACCCUGACCCCCUCAAAACCAAAGGCACUAUUCUUCCGCGCAUACGCCACACUGACGGCCGUGAGUCGCGAGACAAGCUAUGCAACUUUACCUCCGAUCUCGGUAUACGGUCUCAAGAUUCACUUUGCCCCGCUGGGUCCGUUAAUCAUCGUCCUUGCAAACCUAAUCAUGGCCGUGGUCCUCUGCUUCUACAAGCUCAACACAGAAGACCAAUGGUCGUGGGAGGAUAUAGGCUACCGAACAGGCUUCAUCACAAUUGCACAGCUCCCUUUGAUAUUUCUGCUAGCAGGACGACAAAAUAUCAUCGGGCUCCUGGCAGGUAUAGACUACCAACGCCUAAACUGGUUCCACCGAUGGGUUGCGCGGACAGUCUGGUUAUGCGCAACCUUCCACAUGGGCUUCUGGUUUCGAAGUUGGGGUCGGUAUAACUACAUCACAUAUCAGCUCCAGACAAACGGCUUUGCAAAACGCGGAGUCGCCGCCUGGUGUAUCCUAACGUUUAUCGUUGUUUCAUCUGCCCGCCCGAUCCGGAAGUUAGGGUAUGAGUUCUUCGUCAUACAGCAUCUGGUGAUGUUUGUCGGCUUUAUCGCUGCAGUAUGGCUACACGCGUCGAAGGAGACUAAAAUUUGGGUCUGGAUACCUAUUGGACUGCUUGUGUUUGACCGAGUCGUGAGAUAUGCGUGGGCAACAUAUAUUAAUCUGUCGGUCUUUCAUCGAUCUUGGACUCAGGCUCUUUGGGCAAACAGGGCAUCCUUCACCCCGUUACCCGGAAACGUCACUCGAGUUACCAUCAAGAACCCAGGGACCAAAUGGACGCCAGGCCAGCAUUUGUUUCUCACAUGCCAUACAGUUGCGCCAUUGCAAAGCCACCCAUUCACCAUCGCUUCUAUCCCCGAAGACAAUCAACUGGAAUUUCUUGUUCGUGCAGAGAAAGGCGGCACAAGACGCUUUUUUCGGUAUGCAUCCAAAUAUGACCAAGUCAUCGGCAAUCCCGACGCCUCUAACAAACAAACACGCAUAGUGCUCCUUGAAGGGCCGUACGGAAGGCUGCGCUCGCCUCGACAAUUUGACAGCAUCGUUCUUAUUGCCGGUGGUAUGGGCGCCACCCUCACAGUGCCCUUGCUCCGCGAUGUUGUUGCGCAAUGGAGGAGUAAUUCCCGCCUAACCGUAACCAAGCGGAUACGGUUCGUCUGGGUGAUCAAGUCGCGCAUGCACCUCACUUGGUUCGAGCCACAGCUGCAGUCUGUGCGAGCGGACAUAGCGGCUUGCCAGCAGGAGUACCCAGACAUCGCUCGGGAGAUCAAGCUCAAUGUACACAUUACCUGCGACGAGAAACUAGAGCAACCGCCUCCAGAUACUUGCCAGUCAUCAGCGGCCUGGUCUACCUCAUUUGGGAGGCACACAAGGUCAGCUAGCACUGACAGAAAGCCAAUUGCGACGGAAAAAGAUGCCAUAUCAAUACACUCUGGGUCGUCAAUAGAACUAAGCAGUCUUCCCGUCGAUAGGUGUUGCUGCACUACGACCAUUGAAGAAGAACAAAUCAACCCACGGCAGUGCACUUGCUCUGGUCCUGCAUCUCAGGCUCAGACGUCAUCCACAUCUCCAGAUAUACCGCUCUUGUCUGGCCGCCCAGCAAUUCGCCAAAUAAUCCGCAAAGCCCUCGAGAGAGCUGAGGGCGAGAGCGCUGUGUUCGUAUGUGGACCACAAGGUUUGUCAGACGAUGUGCGCCGAAGCGUGGUCUACCUCAGUGACGAGCGGGCAGUGCACAAAGGGACAGGUGCGCAGGGGGUUUAUCUUCAUGUGGAGAAUUUUGGAUGGUAA